AUGGCCCAACCAUCAACACUUCCUUUGCAGCAGCGUGUGCUGAAAUUAGUUCAGACCUUGCAAUUCGCUUGGUUCGCAGGCCACUUGUUUACCUUGCUUGGAACAUCCUUGCACCUUCUCUCGGUCGUGACCUUUCAGUCAGCUUCGAAACCAUAUAGCUUGGCUUACUUGGGUGCGCUUCUUUCAUAUGGCGUUGUUAUCUACAAGACCCAUGGUGUCCCCAAGUUGAAUGCAGCUUAUGCCCAACGUCUCGUUAUGGAUGAAAAUGUGCAAUAUUUCCUUUUGGCAUUGUAUUGGUUCUUUUCUAGUCCCAUUACAGUGACGCUUGUGCCUUAUGCUACAUUCUCAUUGUUCCAUGCUCUUGGCUAUGUCCGUUCCAACAUUAUCCCGAAUGUUUUCCCAGCCGCUCCCGCUGCAGCAGCAUCUUCUUCCAGCAGUAGCGGUGCUUCUACUACUACUUGGCAAGCAAAGACUCAGCAACAAAUCAAGGCUUGGGUGGAUAAGAACUAUGAAACUGCUAUGCGUUUUGUUGCUCAGAUUGAAGUGGUUGGCAUCAUGGGUCGAUUACUCCUUGGUAUUUUCAGAUUGCAUAUUAUGCCCAUCUUUUUGUACGCUCAAUUCUUGCGCUUCCGUUACCACUUGUCGGCUUAUACUCGUCAAUCAUUCACCCACUUGAAACGUACUCUGGAUCAAGUAACUGCCGACCCUCGUGUGCCUCCCGCUGUGCGAAAGGCUUACAUGACAGUACAAGAUGUGAUCACCCGCUAUGGUCAGGCUGCUGUGCAACAACAACAACCAGGUCGUCGUUAA